AUGAUAUGCCGCACAUCUUUUCUGCGUAAACCCAAGGUAGUUGUUGUUGGCACGGGAUGGGCGGGCUGCUACUUUGUGAGAGACACAAAACCACAAUUAGCAGAACUCCACGUUUUGUCCACACGUAACCAUCACGUACUGACACCCCUUCUCCCGCAAACAACCACCGGUACGCUGGAGUUCCGCUCUAUAUGUGAGCCCAUCACUCGCAUUCAACCGGCACUCGCACACCUUCCGAACCGUUUCUCACGUUGCUUCGUGUAUGACAUCAACUUCGAACAAAAGCGGGUUGAUUGCAUUAGCGUAGACAACACCAGCGUCGGGCCACACGCCUUAGUUAACACAUUUGAUGUUCAGUACGACAAACUAGUGUUGGCGCAUGGUGCACAGCCAAACACGUUUAAUGUUCCCGGCGCUGUGGAGAGGGCGUGUUUCCUUCGGGAGGUAAAUGAAGCACGUACCAUCCGCAAACGACUUGUGCAGAAUAUCAUGACGGCGAAUUUGCCCGUAACAAGUGUCGAGGAGAAGAAACGCCUUCUGCACACCGUAGUUGUGGGAGGUGGGCCCACGGGCGUUGAAUUCUCCGCAGAUUUGGCCGAGUUCCUGCGCGACGACGUGAAGAACAUCAACCCCGAGCUCGUUCAAUUCUGCAAAGUGACAGUACUUGAGGCCGGAGAGGUUUUCAGUACAUUUGAUUUACGCGUGAGGGAAUGGGGCAAGCGGCGGUUAGAUGCCCUCGGCGUGCGAAUCGUGAAGGGUAAUGUUGUGGCUGUGCAAGAGAAGGAGGUGAUCACAAAGAGUGGUGAAGUGUUCUCUACCGGCUUGGUGGUGUGGAGCACAGGUGUCGGACCCUCACCACUAACAAAAGAAUUAAAGGUGGACCGAACGCGACAGGGGCGUAUUUCCGUCGAUGAGCAUUUACGGGUACUGCGCGACGGCGUCCCAAUUCCCGAUGUGUAUGCAAUUGGGGACUGUGCAACCAAUGAAAGCAACCCGCUACCUACUUUAGCUGCUGUCGCUUCUCGUCAAGGCGUGUAUCUGGCAAAAAAAAUCAACGCGGAAUUAGCUGGUAAGCCAUUCGCCACGCCGUUCAAAUAUGAGAGCCUCGGAAGCAUGGUGAGUCUUGGUACUUCCAGCGCUGUUGUGGAAUUAAAUGGGCCACGCAAACUUGAUUUUGUUGGGCUUAAGGCACUCUUCUUCUGGCGUAGUGCAUACCUCAGCAUUGUGGGUUCGUGGCGUAAUAGGCUUUAUGUCAUUGUCAACUGGCUUGGAAGCGCAAUUUUUGGCCGGGAUUUGACACUCAUUAACGACUACAAUGACGAGCGGACGUGGCUCUCUCUGGCGUCAGAGGGGGCGGCGCGCGAGAAAGUGAGCAGAAUGAACAAAGUUAAAACCGAUGGCGACGGCAGUAAUGGAAAUGAAACAACAGCCCGUUCAAAGGUGGACUUACCCGCGACAAAGAAACAGAACGAGUAG